GCCAGUCGUACUGUAACAUCGCUUCCUAUACCGUUUUGAAUGGGUAACUUGCCUGUACGCUAGAAUAGGGGCAGAAUGGUCCAGUGCCUUUAAAGUCAGGUUAGACAGGCUUUUCAUGAGCGUAUCGUUGCCAAUUUUGGAUAUUUUCUAUUUGGAUGACUGUAGUUUGUCUCUGCGUUUUCACUUAUGCAUUAGGGCAUUAUUUCAGGUGACAUUUUAUGGCGAAGAAGCGAGCUUCGUGUACCGGUACUUAGCCAGAUUUGUGAUCACGAGGAACGACUCUUGUUGGCUGUCUGCCAUUCCGCCUGUUCCCAGCAGCUCUAUUUUGGAUAUGCUCAGGUUUCUCACACAGAAAUUGCGAUCCCAAUCUCUCAAUGAAGUCACACCUUAUGAUCCCAAGGAGGUCGAAAAAGACGAGGAUUUUAACUCCGGUUCAGAGGCGGAAAAUCAAGAAAUUGAGCAGCUGAGCAAAGAAAGCAGACAUGACGGACAGAUCGCGAGCGGUUACCCCCUUCCCGUUCUUGCGAAUACAGUUUCUAUAUGCUCCGUAAAAUCCCACCAGCCUUUAGAAGACAGGCCGUGUUUGACAGAAAAUGUGUUUAAACCUUUAACCGAGAAGGACAGACAUAGUUCAGAGGAGGAACUUGAAAAUAUAGAGAAACAAUGCAAAGAGAACCAAGCAGCGGAGAAGCGAAAGUGGUCGCAGGUGAAUCGUUUGAGUUUUAACGGAGAGAGUCCAGGGUCAAGCGACGAUGAAGUGAGGGACUUGUGCUUCAAACCUGUACCGGUGCUGUUCAGUUCAUCCCCACCGAAACAGCUUCAGAGGCUGUGUCACAGGUCGCAUGGGAGCCGAGUUUUCCUAGCUAACGUUGGUCCAUCUGAUUCAUCGCCGAGGAAAAGGCACCGACAGGGUUUGGGUGAACUCUCACCGCAUCUCCUCAACCGACCGAGCUUGGACUUCGAAAAGAUGCAACAGAAAAUGUACUUGAAGAAGCAUGGGCCUGCAGGAGUUCGAGCCAGAGUAGUGAAAAUACGAAGUCUGAAUGUCAGCGCAGCAGCAAGGCAACCAGCUAGGUUCUUGUGUGAUCCGGCUGUGUUCUCGUUUCGCUCAAUUAGCACGAUAAAUUCCCUACCGCCUGUGGAAGACCCAACGUUGACUGCAUACUGAAAAGAAAAUGUUCCAUCCAGAGAGAGGACCAAGUAAUUAGGACUAAUUUAAGAGCUUUAUCUAUAAGCAGACCUGACAAGACGCACAUGCUUUGGACUUGAAAGACAAUAAUAACAUUUUAUUGAAAUAUUAAAGUUCCCAAUGACAAUGGAAAUCAUUUCUUUAGAUAGGUAUAUACCAGUACAGACCAACAGAACAAAAAAUCUUGUGUUGUUCUAUUGCUAUUCAACAAUGGUAUCAGAUAUUCAGUUUAUAUUGGUAUUGGUUAAAUGCAACGGUUUACAAGACGUAAAAAAUAAAAAAGUCUAUUCUAGAAAUUCUCCUAAUUUUAUGUUCAGAUUUAUUCACUGUUGUAUGAAGAGAAGCUAAAAAAAAAAAAAAGUAUCUAGAUUUUUCAAAUUCUGAGAGUUGCUACUCAGGUGACGUUUGUUUCUUCUUCCUAACUUUGAUUUGCUUCGCCUUUCUUUAGAUGAGCGAGGUGGUGAAACAUAAUGUUUAACCAAGGUGGCCUGACAGCAUUGUUGAAAAUACUGUAUAUAUGGCGUUGGCUGCAGGUCAUUUGUAGAUGGUAGAUUUUUUUUGUUGAUAAAGAUUUUUAUUUUAAAUCUUAUAACACUAUCAGGGAUGCUGCUUGUUGGGGCGGAUGAAGAU